UUCCGGCGUGCCGGGUGGUUUCCUGCGGCGUUUCCUCCCUCGCUCUCUUUUUGCUCCCUGCCCGCCGCCAUCAUGGGUCGCAUGCACGCUCCCGGGAAGGGCCUGUCCCAGUCUGCUCUGCCCUAUCGCCGCAGCGUGCCCACCUGGCUGAAGCUGACGUCCGACGACGUGAAGGAGCAGAUUUACAAACUGGCCAAAAAGGGCCUGACUCCCUCGCAGAUCGGUGUGAUCCUGAGGGACUCCCACGGCGUGGCGCAGGUGCGCUUCGUGACCGGCAAUAAGAUCUUGAGGAUCCUGAAAUCCAAAGGGCUCGCUCCUGACCUUCCCGAGGAUCUCUAUCAUUUAAUUAAGAAAGCUGUUGCUGUUCGGAAGCACCUGGAGAGGAACAGAAAGGACAAAGAUGCCAAGUUCCGCCUGAUUCUGAUAGAGAGCCGAAUUCACCGGUUGGCUCGAUACUACAAAACCAAGCGGGUCCUCCCCCCCAAUUGGAAAUACGAGUCAUCCACAGCCUCUGCCCUGGUGGCAUAAAUUUGUUUAUGUGCUCAAGCAAUAAAACCAUUGUUUAACUAAAAA